UUUUACGUGUCCCUAAGGCGAGCAGCAAAAGACCAGUGGAUAACAAAGAUAUCUUCAAUCUAGGAAUAUUCUGCACCUGUGACUGCUCUUUUGGGAGCAGGCAGAGCAGCUUGAAACCGAGUUCCCCCUCAAGGUUGAAAAAACAAGGAGCUCCAAAAUGGUCUACGACAUGACCCACAUGGCGGCGGGUCCGCCCCAGAGUAUUUCGCUGAGUCGCUACUAUUUGCCCGAUGAGGAUGAGAUGGUGGGUGCGAAUAAUCCGCACCUGGUGAACGAGGAUUAUGCGGCCAGUACGACGUUGGACAUCGACAAGCGUUUCCAGGCGCGAAUGGCCUGUGAAACGGCCGCCCAGCCGGCCCCGCCUCCGCCGCCCACGCCGGCCCCUCGUCGCCGGACCACGCCCAUUGCCCACCUGGAUCCCUCGGAACUGGUAGGUCUGUCGCGGGAGGAGCGUCGUCGAAGGAGGAGGGCCACUCUGAAGUACCGGACGGCACAUGCCACCAGGGAACGCAUUCGGGUCGAGGCCUUCAAUGUCUCCUUUGCCGAGCUGCGCAAGCUGUUGCCCACUUUGCCGCCGGACAAGAAGCUCUCCAAGAUCGAGAUCCUCAAGCUGGCCAUCUGCUACAUUGCCUACCUCAACCAUGUGCUGGAGACCCCCUGAGACAGCGCCGGCGCCUCCAGCUUCGCCACCAGUUGCCUCUUCAACGAGGAAAAUUUCUUCGCUCCCCCGUAGGAGGUGGGGGGGCGGCAAGGGGCGUGGCCUAUGCGGUUAUCCUGUAUCAGAUAAACGGAUAACUUGGCCUGUCGCUAGCCCAAUAAGCAGGGUGUCGCAACCGAACAUAAUAUAAUAAUAUUAACUGGCUUGCUAACCUACGGUUAAAAUAUUUAGCCACAAGUUAGUAAACAAGAAAGUCAGGGAAAGUGUCUACGACAAGCUAAACAAACCGAAACAAUGAAUGGAGUUUGCUUGUUAACCUACGGUUACAAUAUAUAACCAAUAGUUGUCUAACCAGAAACCUCAAAGAAAAACUAAAAGUUCCCUUACAACUGAUAAAAGGACACCAAGUAAGAACUGUAUUUGAACCUUACACUAUUUAAGCGGAACUGAACCUAAGUUUAAUUUAUUUAACUACUGGAUGGUUAGCACCAGGAACGCCUGGUUUCUCUAGACUAGUUGAAAAACAAACUGCACAUAAAUCAAGUCUUUUGUUUACUAUUUUUUGAAUAAAAAUGAAUGUCCCUAUGACCUGCUAAAUUAUGAUUACAACGUUUAACCAAAGGUUAAAAUACUUAAUGCGUUAAAAUUAAAGAAAGUUUUCCCAUUUUUGUUUUUGAAUAUAAAUUCUUAAACGUAAGAUGGUAAAAUGAUAAUAAUAAGUUAAUUUUAUUCACCCGAUUUGUAAUUUUGAAAUUCUAUUAAACUAGGUUAAAGUGUAAAAUUUCCAAUGUUAAUAUAAACUUAUCGAAUGCUUACUGCGCCUUACACUAUAAUACGAAAUGCAAUAUCUUAUAACUCUACAGAUUUGAUGUAUAAUAUAAAUAUAUAGUUUACAGAAAAAAUCCUAAGCUAUAUGUUAAGCCCAAGUAAUCUUAAACCAUUGACAUACAUAAACUAGUACUAAUUACAUUUUUUUGUCUAGAAAUUAAGUCGUGAUAUUUGUUUAUACUCUAACUAAACUGUGCAUGGGUGUGUAUGUAAGCCAGACAACUAACAAAUAUAAUAUAUUAA